AUGGCAUAUCCCACGCCAAACAUCGACAAGGCGCUGGCUGAGUGCUGGAAGAAACCAGAGGACUACCACGCGGGUGAAGAUCCAAGCGGUUACACCUUUUGUGAUACGUCCAGGCGAAUGCUUGUCGCCAAGAACUCCGUCACAGGCGACGAGGUCUGGAUGGGCGUCUUCAUCAACAGGCUGCCACACACAAAUGACUUCAAGCUCAAGCCGUCCUUGUUCAGCUCCGGGACCCCGGGCCCUGACUCCGCACCGAUCGAGAUGGUUGAAGUCGACAUAAAGGAUUUGAUCACCGGUAUUCCGCGCGCUGAAUGGUGGCAAGCGAGUGCCCUGAACUUCUACAAGCGCCAUUAUCGUGACUGGCUCCGGAAAGAGCUCGUAGAGAAGAAGAAGAAGAGUCUGGACGCAAAGAAGGCCUUGCCAGCCAAAACCACUACUGCGCAGCCCAAGGACCCCAACAGCAUCAAGAAAUCCAAGGGAGCCGACGGACAGCCUGCCAAGAGACGCAAGACAACGGAGGGACAGCCUUCCAAGAGACAAAAUAGUGAAGUCAAGACCAUCGACACGCAAAGGAUGUUCUUCGACCUCGAAAGGAUCUUGUCCGCAAGCGAGUACAAACUCAUCGGAGCCCAGAUGGCCGAAACACUCAACUUGAAAUCGACACCGCCAACACGUGUGCUCUCAGAGAUGAGGGACUUUGCGAGGGACACCGGAUUCAGUGUCUGCUAUGCGCCUUCUUGGGGUCAGUGGCUGGAGGAUACGCGACAAGAGCUUCCCGAGCCGGUUGCUGUUGAUGCCAAUACAGCGAACAAGGAAGAAGACAAGGCAGGUGAGCCCAUGGAUCCAGUUUCCAUUGCCGAUUCCAUUGCCGAUAUGCCGAGCAACUUUCGACUAAGGCUCCUGGACCCCAUGCCCGAUGACAUGAUCGCUGCCAUCGAAAAGGUGACAGCAUAUUUUGAUAUGAGAGCGAAACAACUUGCAGCUCGUGCUUGA